AAGAAGAAGAAGAAGAAGAAGAAGAAGAAGAAAAAGUGUUCAAUUAAAGAAAAUAAGAAAGAAAGAAAGAAAGAAAGAAAGAAAGAAAGAAAGAAAGAGAGAAAGAAAGAAAGAGAGAAAAUGUUAAUGAUUUUCUUUCUUUUUUUUUCUUUAAUUUUUCCUCGUCUUCAUAUUUGCAAAGAAGAUGGAGAAUUUGGAAGAAUAGAAGAAGAAGGAAGAAGGAGAAUAGAAGAGGAAGAGGAAGAGGAGGAAAACACUACUACUACUACUACUACUACUACUACUACUACUACUACUACUACUACUUCAACCUCACGACCACCUUACUACUUCUACCACUAUUACUACGACUACAAACCUACCAUAAUCGACCAUAAUACCACCCGGGUCAUUGCUUUGGUUAACUCGACCGCCCGGUUGCACUGCGCGGUCAACCAUCUUGGAAAUAGAGUGGUGACUUGGAUCAGACGCAAGGACCUCCAAGUUCUGACAGUGGGUAUCAGGACAUAUACGCGUGAUCCCCGCUUCACCUCUGCCCACCUGCCCAAAGACACCUGGCAGCUCGGAUUGGCACUGGUCCAGGUGUCAGACGGGGGCUUCUACGAGUGCCAGGUGUCCAGCGAGCCCAAGGUGGCGCUGGGAUUCGAACUGGUGGUCUUGGAUGCCGCCGCGCACAUGGAAGGUCCCACGGAGGUGCACAUGAGGUCGGGCAGCUCCAUCAAGCUCACCUGUGUGGUCACCGGCAAUUCCUUAGGCCUACACAAGAUACAUUGGCACCGCGGAGACACUGAGGUUACGGAGAGCAGCAGAGGAGGAAUGAGCAUCGUCACGGACAAGCGUACACGCACCUCAUACCUGCUAAUUACGAACGCCACACCUGACGACUCUGCCAAUUAUACCUGCUCACCUGACCACGCCUUCCCCGCCUCCGUCAGCGUGUACAUUAUAAGAGGAGAGCAUCCAGCCGCUAUGCAAGGAGGGGUCAGCGCGCCCCCCCACCGCCCCCCCUCCCUCCUCCUCCUCCUCCUCCUCCUCCUCCUCCUCCUCCCCCUGCAUUCCAAUUAGUGUGUGUUCGUGUGUGCGUGUGUG